AAUGCUGACGGGGACGUUACCAUUCCAGGGCAAAGACCGCAAUGAGACCAUGAACAUGAUCCUUAAAGCUAAGUUAGGGAUGCCUCAGUUCCUGAGUCUAGAAGCCCAGAGUCUGCUGAGAAUGCUGUUUAAACGCAACCCUGCUAACCGCCUGGGGGCUGGGGCCGAUGGGGUGGAGGAGAUCAAACGUCACGCCUUCUUCUCAUCGAUCGACUGGAACAAGCUAUACAGGACAGAGCUCCAGCCUCCAUUCAAACCAGCAGCAGGGAAGCCUGAUGACACAUUCUGCUUCGACCCAGAGUUCACCGCUAAAACACCCAAAGACUCCCCAGGUAUUCCUCCCAGUGCCAAUGCCCAUCAGCUGUUUAAAGGGUUCAGCUUCGUGGCUCCAGCCUCUCUGGAUGACAAGAAGGGCUCUCCUCUACUCAGCAUCCUACCUAUAGUACAGAUGCAUGGUGGAUCAGCCCAGUUCUCAGACCUGUAUGAGCUUCAGGAGGAUAUUGGAGUUGGAUCGUAUUCUAUCUGUAAACGCUGUGUACACAGAGUGUCUGUUAUGGACUACGCUGUGAAGAUAAUAGAUAAGGGUAAGAGGGAUCCAUCGGAGGAGAUUGAGAUUCUGAUGAGAUACGCACAACACCCCAACAUCAUCACACUCAAAGAUGUUUAUGAUGAGGGCAGGUAUGUGUAUGUGGUAACAGAACUGAUGAAGGGAGGAGAGUUACUGGAUAAGAUCCUCAGACAGAAGUUCUUCUCAGAGAGAGAAGCAAGCUCUGUUCUCUACACUAUUACCAAGACUGUCCACUACCUGCACUGUCAAGGGGUUGUCCAUAGGGACUUAAAGCCCAGUAACAUCCUCUAUAUGGACGACAGUGGGAAUCCUGAUUCUAUCAGGAUCUGUGAUUUUGGUUUCUCCAAGCAGCUGAGAGGAGGAAACGGACUGCUACUAACACCAUGUUACACAGCUAACUUUGUUGCUCCAGAGGUGUUGAUGCGUCAGGGUUAUGAUGCUGCCUGUGAUAUCUGGAGUCUUGGAGUGUUGUUAUACACCAUGUUAGCAGGAUACACGCCCUUCGCUAACGGCCCCAAGGACACACCUGAAGAGAUCCUGUUGAGGAUGGGGUCAGGGAAGUUCUCUCUGAGUGGUGGGAACUGGGACAUGGUGUCUGACAGCUCCAAGGACCUCCUCUCUAAGAUGCUUCAUGUUGAUCCUCACCAGCGUUAUUCAGCUGAACAGGUCCUGAAACACGCCUGGAUCACGCAACGAGACACGUUACCACACUUCCAGCUCGCACGCCACGACGCACCACACCUCGUUAAGGGAGCGAUGGCAGCUACCUACUCUGCUCUGGGUCAUAAGACGUGUCAGCCAGUUCUGGAGCCAGUAGCUGCUUCUAGCCUGGCACAGAGACGCAACAUGAAGAAACUCACCUCUAUUGACAUGUAACACACACCUCGGCCCCAGCCUCCCACUGCCCCAGCCUCCCACUGCCCCAGCCUCCCACUGCCCCAGCCUCCCACUGCCCCAGCCUCCCCACUGCCCCAGCCUCCCACUGCCCCAGCCUCCCACUGCCCCAGCCUCCCCACUGCCCCAGCCUCCCACUGCCCCAGCCUCCCACUGCCCCAGCCUCCCACUGCCCCAGCCUCCCACUGCCCCAGCCUCCCACUGCCCCAGCCUCCCACUG